UGCUUACUCACCAUUGGGUGGGAGCUUAAUGUUUAACAUUAGGCUACCAGAGAGCUUGUGGUUAAAAAUGUCCAUGAUGCUUCUUAGUAAAUUAUAUGUUUCAGCAAAGAUAAGAUUCACCAAUAGAAGUGUGUCAACAGACUACAUCACAGCAAGACGUAUUUCCUAUUUUACUCUGUCUGUGUUUCAUUUGCAAUUUAGUGAGACUUGCAUUGCAACACAUAAUGUACAGUUGAGAAAAAGACUGGAUCGGUGAUUGAUUUCUUGAUAACUUGGAUCCAAUCAAUUAAUUGACCAAGAAAUAUUAUGAUUGAAUGAGAACAUGCAGCAGUGUUUACAAAACACCUUAGGGUCUAAUUAAAAUGGUCUCUAGUAUUGUAUGGUCCGAUGUAGGUCCUGUUAAUUAGCUGGCUAAGCUGACUAAAAAAGCCUUGUGUUGACACCCUCUCAAAUGUAGUUGUUGUGAUAGUGUCUCUUUAUGUGUUUUUUUCCACUCUGCAGUUUAGUAAGUACUGGAUGAGGCUGUUGUGUGUUGGAUUGGAGCCACUGAGAUCUCCAGAUGUAGCAGUGCAAACACGUGGCAGCAUGCCUGGGGAUUACUGUUCACAGUGCUCUAAAUGUGGCUAUGUGUUUGGUACAGUAAAAUGCUGACAUGAGGGUGGUCAGCACUGGAGCCCGGGCCCGGAGGGCUGCAGAGCCGUCUGAACCAGAGCCAGAGGAAGCAACAGAGCCAGUUCAUCAUGAGCACUCACACUCAGAACACCAUGAGCACUCCCACACAGAACAUCACCCCAGCCAUGACUACAACCACAUGAAAGACAAGUUCAUGAAUGAACUUAGUCAUCUGCCGAUUCCCAUGUGGGCAGUGGGAGCCAUUGUUGUGGUGGUCCUGGUUUUGGUGGCGUGCUUCAUCUUCUGUGUUUUCAAAAAAUGCUUUGGGAAAAAGAAAAAGCCAAAGAAAGUGAGGGAGAGGAAGGCAGGUCGCCGCAGAAAGACAAAGGAAGGUGAAGGAGAGGCUGGAGAAAAGGAGGGGGAGGUAAAGAAGGAAGGGGAGGAAGAGGAGAAAGAACAGGAAAAGUUGGGUAAGCUGGAGUUCUCCUUGGACUACAACUUCACAGAUUCCCAGCUCAUAGUGGGUAUCCUUCAGGCUCAGGACCUUGCUGCUAUGGACAUGGGGGGAACUUCAGACCCCUAUGUCAAAGUCUUUUUGUUGCCAGACAAAAAGAAGAAGUAUGAGACCAAGGUUCAGCGCAAGAACUUAUGCCCCGUUUUCAACGAGACUUUCAUCUUCAAGAUCCCAUAUGCAGAGUUGGGCGGAAAGACGCUGGUGCUGCAAGUUUUUGACUUUGAUCGUUUCUCCAAACAUGAUAUGAUUGGUGAGAUAAAGAUUCCUAUGAACAGUGUUGAUUUGGGCCAGCCAAUGCAACAGUGGAGAGACCUGGAGAGUGGGGAGAAGGAAGAGCAGGAGAAACUGGGUGAUAUUUGCAUUUCUCUGCGUUAUGUACCCACUGCUGGGAAACUGACAGUGAACAUCAUGGAGGCAAAGAAUCUGAAGAAAAUGGAUGUGGGUGGCUUGUCAGAUCCAUAUGUGAAGAUUGUUCUACAGCAAAAUGGAAAACGCAUUAAGAAGAAAAAGACAACUGUCAAGAAAAACACACUCAACCCCUACUUUAAUGAAAGUUUUAGCUUUGACGUCCCCUUUGAGCAGAUACAGAAAGUGCAGGUCGUCAUCACAGUGUUUGACUAUGAUAAACUCGGGAGCAACGACCCCAUUGGAAAAACCUUCAUGGGUUAUGGAGCUACAGGGGUCGGCCUGCGCCACUGGUCAGACAUGCUGGCCAAUCCCAGACGUCCGGUGGCCCAGUGGCACACUCUCAUGCCAGAAGAAGAAGUCGAUGCGGCACUCAAAGCAAAACCUCGCUAGAGUCACACCUGUCUCAGUUCAGAAACUUACUGUCGAUAUGUUUCUGUGUUAACCCCGAUGUUUUCUCAAUUUGUGUGUUCAGUUUCUCGUGUUUUCUUUCUUUUGAGGUACUUAAUGUGUGUAUGUGUGGGGGUGUGAUGUACUGAUUCGUUUUUUGAUAUUUGGUUGUUAAUAAACCAUGUGCCCCCUACUUACCUGUUACCCCUGUAAACUAAUAUGACUGUACUUGUAUACAUAGAGAAACACAGACAUGUAAAUGUGAAUCUUUUGUGAAUGCUCUUGCAUGGGCCUAGUAAAAAUUUGUGGCAUAAUGGGAGGCUUUUAAGAUUACUCUGUGUUCUUCUGAAAAGUUUGUUGAUUCUGAAGACAUGAUAGCACCCCUACAUCUCAUGUUAAGUACACUGAACCUUCUUGCUCAUUCUGUAGCACUGUGGUGCUCCAGAGUCCUGAGAAAUGCUUGUUGUGAUGCUCUGGAUCUUUUCAACUGGAAAUAAACCCACAAUGAUCAGUUUCACA